AUGUUUUUCUUUGGUAAUAAGUUUUAUAUUGGUUUUAUAUCAAUAUGGAUUAUUGGACUUUAUUUUGUUAUGACAACAUAUCAUUCUACGCCAACUAAUGAUAAAACUUCUGCAGAUCGAAUAGAAUAUUUACAAAAUGAAGUUGAAUUACUACGACAAAAAGUUGCUCAAAUUCAAUCAAAUAAAAAUGAACAUGGACAAUCAUUUAGUAAUACUAAUCGAUGUCAAAAACUUGAAGAUGAACUUAAACGUGUCAAACGCCAAUUGAGAAAAAAACAUGGUGAUACAAAAACUUUACAAUAUGAACCUGCAUUAGAAUAUGAACAAUUACGACGAAAAAUUGAAACUCAAGCACGUGAAUUAUCUUAUUUUACUAGUGAUCAAUUAAAUAAAGUCUCUGAAAAAUUAUCCGAUGAAGAUAAAUUAAAAUGGAAAAAUGUUAUUGAACGAUUUGCUGAUCAAAGUAGAGUACUUCUGGCUUCAAUUCGAAAUAUUACUAAUGUUGAUGGAUAUCAAUCAUGGCGUGAACGUGAACAUAAAAGUCUUUCAAAAUUAAUGCAAGAAAGAUUAACCUUUUUACAAAAUCCAUCCAAACGUUGUACAGAUGUGAAAAGGUUUAUAUGUGAUAUUAAUAAAAAUUGUGGUUAUGGUUGUCAAGUUCAUCAUCUUGCGUACUGUUUUCAAAUAGCUUAUGCACUUGGAAGACCAAUGAUUAUAUAUUCUGAAGGAUGGCGAUAUAAUAAUGGUGGAUUUAAAGAAAUAUUUCAAUAUCCAAGUCAUAAUUGUACGGAAUCGAUGAUUCAUGAUGCAUCAUCUUGGGAGAAUUAUAAGACAGCUAAUGUUGUUAAAAUUCCAUUUAGUGAAUUUCUUAUCCCUAAAGAAGAGUUUUUGCCAAUGGCAAUACCUGAAGAUAUAUCUAAACGACUUAUUCGUUUACAUGGUAAUCCAUUUGCUUGGUUUACUGGACAAUUAUUGAAAUAUUUAUUGAAACCACAAUCAUGGUUACUUGAAUUUAUAAAGAAAAAAUAUGAUGCCAUGAAAUUUCAAACACCAAUUGUUGGAAUUCAUAUACGACGAACCGAUAAACUUACUUCUGAAGCUGCAUUUCAUAGUUUAUCAGAAUAUAUGAAAUAUGUUGAAGAUUAUUAUAUUAUAUAUCAAUAUCAAAAUCCAGAUUUAAAAUUAAUCAAACGUGUUUACUUAGCAAGUGAUGAUCCAUCUGUUUUUAAUGAAGCUCGUACUAAUUAUCCUAAUUAUGUGUUUUAUGGUGAUCAAGCUUCAGCAAAAUCUGCUCAACUUGACUCAAGAUAUGGAACAGACUCAUUGAAAGCUGUUAUACUCGAUAUUCAUUUUCUUUCAUUGUGUGAUUAUCUUGUUUGCACUUUUUCAUCACAGAUUUGUCGUGUGGCGUAUGAAGUAAUGCAACAACGUGUUGUUGAUGGUGCAUGGCGUGUAGAAUCACUUGAUGAUGUUUAUUAUUUUGGUGGUCAAAAUGCACAUAAUCAACGAGCAGUUAUAUCUCAUAAAAGUAUUAUGCCAAAUGAUUUUAGUUUUGAACGUGGUGAUAUUAUUGGUACAGAAGGUAAUCAUUGGAAUGGAUUUUCAAAAGGAUCCGAUAAAACAAAUGGUGAAUCAGGUCUUUAUCCAUCAUAUAAAAUUGAAGAAAUUGUUAAUAUUGCGAAAAUGUAUACAUAUCCUGAAGUAAAAAUAAAAGAUGAUGAUAUCUAA